AUGGCGGUCGUCGACGUGUGCAAAGUUUUGCCAGUGGUCGAGAAUGCCUUGGAUCAGAUCUCCAGCUGCAUGGCCCAACUUCAGGGCCUCCACACGCAGCUGAAGAGCCUGCAGGAUCCGAAUGAUCCGAAGAUGCGGCAAGCAUCAGGCGAGUGCCCAGAAGUUCCAAGUUCCCAAGCAGGACCCGAGUCACUGCCACCCGGGCUUCCGCAGGCACAGGCAACCAGGACUCUUCAACCAGGCUCCGAGUCGCAUCUCGCUGUUCCGAAGACGCCACCCAACGUCGCCCCGCAAGGUCCAACUCAGCUCCCACACGCUCAGAAGAAGGCGCCGCCUAUGGGAGCCAAACCACCCUGGAUGCAGCAGCAACAGCCCAUGGCGACCACUGUUCCUGCAGCCCCACCGCAGCCUCCCGCGGCCCCGGAUUUGGCAGGAGGUGCUCCCCCGCCGCCGGCGGCCGAUGCCUCGCCCAAGAGGAAGGCACCGCCCCUGGGAAUCGACGCCAGCACCGUGGCGCCUUCCUCGGCCCCUGCCCCUGCGCCCGCCGCCCGCAAGGCGCCCCCGGGAGAGAGCCUCUACAAGGCACCGCCGUCGAUACACAAAGCACCUCCAAGUGAGUGGCCGCCCAAGGAGUCCUCGCGACCUCCGGCGCCGCCCUUGCCUACUCAGGACGUUCCGCCGACCUCGAAGCCUGCGCCGCCGCAGUUCAAGGCCCCGCCCACGCAAUCGAUGGCCCAGCCGGCACCGCCUUCGACAGUGCAGACGAGCAGCCCCCAGGCCAAGCCGAUUAUUCCAAAGAAGGCGCCGCCGGUCUACAGCCCAGCCCCCGUGAUACCGAAGCCCUCACCAAACGAGCAGAUUCCUUCGAAG